AUGAGAAGAACCGAUUUUAAAAGGUUCCUCUCGUCCUAUCAAGCGGCACUUGGGGCUUCUAUUCCUGCAUCAGAGUUGCCAUUCGAUAAUAAAUGUUUUGAUCUGCAGUAUGUGCUAGAACACCGUGAUCAGAACUCCGAGAAACCUGAUGACACGAUCGUGCCCGGCACAGACACUGCCGCUUCACACGUUUCUAGCUCCUUACACGACCAUGUCUCUGCUCUCUGUCGACCCGUAUUAUAUGCCGCUCUGGCACAUUGCGACCGCGAGCCGCGUGGUCAUAAAUAUGAGCGCACCCCUGAGAAAGUGCUUCCUAGUAUGGAACCAGCUCCUUUUAAGUGGGCUCGACCAUUUGGCGAGGUAGAAAACAAAAUACGCGCUCUUCUACCACAACUUGAAAACUGGUUAAAUGGAACGCUUCCGUCAUCUAUGCCAGGCGAUAGCCAUUCGGACGACUCUGGCAUCCUCCUACCAACUGUGGAUAUUGAUAUCCCCCUCGCCCCCAUCCGGGACAUGCUAUACGAAGGUGUAUGA